CAUCCCUGCCUCCCCCGCUGGACCAUGGCGAAAGCUGGCCAGCCAAACAACAAGCACUGUAAAUCGGACUCAGGCGACCCUUUGUGUGGCUGGCCUCGUAAAUCGCUGCUUACCAUUGAACCUUUGCGCAUUCGCUUUUAUGCUGCUUCCCUUCUCGUUCCUUUCUCAUCUCUAGCCGUCGACUAGGAAAUUCCUAGACUGCUAGAAAACGCGACCAGUCGCGACUCUCCCUUAAAGUUGCGCCAGCGCAUCCCCCCCAGACAACCAACACGAUACAAGGCGAUUGCCGGGCAGCCCCCUUGAGCGAAAUCAUGUCUCCUCUAAAGAACGUCGAUACGGCCACGUACAUCAAGCAGAUCGCCGAGCCGCCACCGCCUGGCGCUCCCUAUGCGCUGCCCGUUCCUGGAAGCGAGCGCCCUAACCGCUCGCCCGUCUACCGCCAUUGGAGAUUCCGCGACGGCCCCUUGCUCAGCACGUACGACGAACACAUCCAGACUUUCCACGACCUCUUUGAGGAUACCCUCAAGAGGCGCGCCAGCAAGAAGCUCCUGGGCUGGCGCCCCUGGAACCCGCAGUCGCAGACGUUCGAGCCCAAGUAUGUCUGGAUGACUUAUGCCGAGGUUGCCGAGCGGAGGAAGAACCUCGGCGCUGGCAUCGUCGAGCUGCACAAGAGGCUCGGCGUCACGGCCCCCAAGUACGGCGUCGGCCUCUGGGCCCAGAACCGCCCCGAGUGGCAGAUCACCGAGCUCGCCCUCGUGUCGCAGUCCCUUUACCCCAUUUCGCUCUACGAGACGCUUGGUCCCGAAACCUCCGAGUACAUCAUCAACCAUGGCGAGCUGGUCUGCGUCAUCUCCUCCCUCCCUCACAUCCCUACCUUAAUACAGCUGGCGCCGCGCACCCCCUCGCUUAGGUUCAUCAUCUCGCUCGACCCUCUGGACGCCGGCGAGCCGGCUGGCACGUCCAAGAUGGCCCUGCUCUCGCAGAUGGCCGCCAACGCCGGUCUCCAGAUCUUCUCCAUGGACCAGGUCGAGGCCAUCGGCCUGCAGUCUGGCCGCCCGAUGCGGCCCCCGCACAGGGACGACAUCGUGACCAUCAACUACACCUCGGGCACCACUGGCGACCCCAAGGGCGUGAUUCUCACCCAUGCCAACGCCGUCGCGGGCAUCACGGCCUCGCGCAGCAACGGUCUUGUGCACCCCAACGAUACGCACCUGUCGUACCUGCCGCUGGCCCACAUCUAUGGUCGCAUGACGGACCAGACCAUCAUCGCCGAGGGCGGCUGCAUCGGGUACUUCCAUGGUGACAUCCUGGGCCUGGUCGAGGACUUGAAAAUCCUGCGCCCGCAAGGCUUCAUGUCUGUCCCGCGUCUGUACAACCGCUUCAGCACCUCGAUCCAGGCUGCCACCAUCGAGGCCGACGGCGUCAAGGGCGCGCUUUCUCGGCACAUCAUUGCUACCAAAAAGGCCAACAUGAAGCUUCCUCCCGGCCAAGCCACCAACAAACACUUGCUCUACGAUCGCAUCUGGACGCCCAAGGUGCUUGCCGCCGUGGGACUCGACCGCGCCAGGUUCAUGAUCAGCGGCAGCGCGCAGCUGGACCCGGACGUGCAGGUGUUUCUGCGCGCCGCCUUUGGCAACAUCUUCAGCCAGGGCUUUGGCAUGACGGAGACGUACGCCGUCGGCACGGUGCAGUCUGUGGGCGACUUCACCGUGGGCAACAUUGGUGCCCCGUGCCCGUCGUGCGAGAUGUGCAUCGAGUCGGCCCCCGACCUGGAGUACAACGUCACGGACAAGCCGAACCCGCGCGGCGAGCUCCUGGUCAGAGGCCCCAUCAUCUUCAAGGAGUACUACAAGAACGAGGCCGAGACGUCCAAGACCAUCGAGCCCGACGGCUGGUUCCACACGGGCGACAUCGUCGAGGUCGACAAGCUGGGCCGCUUCAAGAUCAUCGACCGCAAGAAGAACGUGCUCAAGCUGGCGCAGGGCGAGUACGUGUCGCCCGAGCGCAUUGAGAACGUCUACAUGGGCAGCUCGAACCUGGUCGCGACCGCCUUCGUGCACGGUGACGGCAUCGAGUCGACCCUCGUGGCCGUCUUCGGCGUCGACCCGGAGCACUUUGCGCCCUGGGCCACCAAGGUGCUGGGCGGCUCGCGCAAGAUCGUCAAGGAGGACCUGGACGCCAUCCGGGCCGCCUGCGCCGAGCCGAAGAUCUACAAGGCCUUCAUGAAGCACAUUGAAGACAUUGGCAAGAGCCACAGGUUCAACAGCUACGAGAGGGUCAGGGCCGCACACCUGGCUGUUGAUCCCUUCACCAUUGUCAACGAGCUUCUCACGCCAACUCUCAAGCUCAAGCGUCCUCAGACGGCCAGGGCUUUCCGCGGCGAGAUCGAUCGCAUGUACGCCGAGAUCAACUCGCAGCCCACCGCCAAGGCCAAGUUGUAAAAACAGAAAAAGCAGAUCGAGAUGGACAUGUAUCAAUAUAGCUUCUCGUUAUCCAUCUCGUCUCAUUAUAGCAGAGAUUUACCACGGACGGUUUGGAAUGUCAAAUACACCAGGGCGGUGGUUUUUUUUUUUUAGAAAUGCUUCAAAACUUAUCCUUUCCUUCACUGAGUGCUGAUGAAUACCACCAGCACGGCGGCGUAUCUAGAUCAUGUGCAAGCUCGUCAGUACGCCCUGCCAUCUG